AUGGACAGACUUAGCAACUUUCCAGACGAGUUAGUAGACAAAAUUUUGUGCAUUUUGCCAAUUCAGCAGGCUGUGAAGACAUGUGUUUUAUCAAGCACAUGGCGGUAUACAUCAAAUAGGCUUUCACAACUUGUGUUCGAUUGGAAGCAUAACGGGAAUUGGAGCAACCCAGUGUUUGUCGAAAUGGUUGAUCACGUACUCUCAAAUCAUGUUGGGCCCAUAUACAGGUUUAAACUAGAGCAUCGAGAGUUUCUAGACCCAAGUGACAUUGAUCGAUGGAUCUUUCAUGUAUCAAGAAACUCUGUCAAAGAGUUCAUACUUGAUAUCUUCCAAAGGGAACCCUACAAGAUCCCUGAAUGUUUGUAUUCCUGCCAAGAUAUUACAUCUCUCACUUUAUGUGGUUGCUUGCUAGAUCCACCUCCUACAUUCAGAGGAUUCGUGAGCUUGAAGAGAAUUGAAUUUUAUUACGUUUCCCUGGCCCAAGAUGUAUUUGACAAUAUGCUUGGUUACUGUCCUUUGCUUGAAGUGUUGAUUCUGCAAUGCUGUGAUGGUUUCACCCAUUUCCGUAUUAAUGCACCAAAACUCCAAUAUCUUAACUUUGAAGGUUCUUUUGAUGAUGUUACUCUCAAGAAUAUCUCAAACCUUACUGAUAUUACCAUUUCUAUGUGUGAACGAAGUUUUGCUGGUGGUGGUUCUAGUAAUUUGGUCAAGUUUUUCAGUGACCUGCCUCGAAUUCGAAGGCUCACAAUUAAGAAUUACUUUUUAAAGGUGUUCUUUUAUUCAGUUCAUGAGCCUUGA